GCGCCUAUCCUGCUCCCCUCAGCAGAACUACGAGCCCCAUGUUGCUCCGGGCCGCCGGGGGCGGUGCCGGCCGCGCCCACAUCCCUGAUUCCGCCCUGCGCCGCGCAGCAUGGCCGGCUUCGCUGAUCUGAACGUGCCGCACGGCGCGGACAGGAAGGCCGUGCAGAGCCUGCUGGAGGCCGCGGCGCACCUGGGAUAUUCUGCAGUCGCUCUUAAUCACAUCAUCGAUUUUAAAGAAAAGAAACAGGAAAUAGCCAAGCCGGUAUCUCCAUCGGAGCUGUUUCCGUCUUUGCCUAUUGUACAGGGGACAUCUAAAAGACUUAAAGUCUUAACCCGGCUGACACUUGUUGUUUCUGAUCCUUCCCACUGUAAUCUCUUGAGAUCUACAUCUACAAAUAUAAGAUUGUAUGACAUCAUAGCUGUAUUCCCAAAGACGGAGAAAUUGUUCCAUAUUGCUUGCACAACUCUUGAUGUGGAUCUGGUCUGUAUAAAUGUAACAGAGAAGCUUCCGUUUUACUUCCGAAGGCCUCCUGUAAAUAUGGCAAUAGAUCGAGGCAUUUACUUUGAACUUCUUUACACGCCUGCCAUCAAAGACUCCACAAUGAGAAGAUACACAAUUUCAAAUGCAAUCAGCCUGAUGCAGAUCUGCAAAGGAAAGAACAUCGUUAUAUCUAGUGCAGCUGAAAGACCUCUGGAAUUACGAGGUCCUUACGAUGUGGCUAAUCUAGGUUUGCUGUUUGGCCUGUCAGAAGGCGAAGCCAAGGCAGCCGUGUCCACCAAUUGCAGAGCCACCAUGCUUCAUGGAGAAACUCGGAAGAGUGCCUGUGGGGUAGUAUACACAGUGAAGAAGCUUCACAAGAUUGAGGAGGAAGAAACAGUGCCAGCCUGCAAAAAGGCUAAGACUCAAGCUUGAGCCAGUUGUCAACAGGAGCCUCCAUACAGUCUUCAACCAGUGGCUGAGUCUUCCUUCACCCUCCAGCUGGCUUGGUUCCUCACUUACUGAUUUUUUUAGCCUGAAGAAGAAUUAUUUUUCUGGUUUUCAAGUGAGGAAUUCUGUGGGAAUCUUAUUGCUGGGCUUUUGGACAAGGGCAGGAGGGAAUCACUCCCCCUUGUCACCUUGUCCUAGGUCUUCUGGAAUCAGUGAACUUGCACAAUAGAAAGUACCCCUAAGGCAGAAACAUUGUGUCAACUGCACUCCUUUUUUUUUUUUUUAAAUUAAAAAUGUUUUCAAGAAAGCAUGACUAUAAAGACUCACUCCUAUAGUACCUAAAGUUUAGUACAGAGACAUAUUUUAAAACCUUAGAACCACGAGUCAGUAAAGUUUACCUUAAAUGGCUUGAGAGAAUAAUUGUGCAGUAAAAACUUUAUCUGCUCUCUAUUCUGUUUUGUGAUCAAUAACUAUAACAAUCCCAGAAUCUGUUGUUUGCUAGGAGAAAUCACGAGUUUGUAUCACAGGAACAGCGACUAAAUCAACCUGUUAGACACACAGCACAAAGGUUAUCUCUGUCCUUGGAAUCAAACCAUCCCAACAUAAAGCCAAACAGUAACAUGAGACAUUUGCCACGGAUUGGAAGGAAGAGCCCAAGGUUAUCCUGAAUGUGUACUCAGCAUGGUGUGCAGUUGCAGCAUAACAGCUGUCUCACCUAGGCCUGAGCAGUCUCCAUGUCACACAACUUUUACUGUAUCAUGUCUUUUAUGUCCAGAUUGUUUUGCUGCCUCCUGACUUUGCAGCUUUCCUUCCUGUUAGUGCUUCAGUAAAUCUAAUCCAAAAAAGCAGUCAUAACAGAUUUCUAAUCAUUGAGGCAUUUUCAGACAUCUUCCAACUGUUGACUGAAAUUUCUCUUUUGACCAAUAUAAAAAUUACUUAAGAUGCUGUACUUGAGAUGCUUUUGUGCCACCUUUACUCUGAAUAUUCCAAUAUUUCAAUUUCAUGCUACUCCAAGAAAGAUACUGAAGCCUUGGAGCAUGUCCAGAGAAGGGCAACAAAGCUGUGAAGGAUCUGGAACACAGGUAAUAUGGGCUGAGGGAACUGGGAUUGUUCAGUCUGGAGAAGACGAGGCUCCAGAAAGACCUUAUUGUUCCCUACAAGUCCCUGAAAGGAGGUUAUAGUGAGGUGGUGGUCAGCCUCUUCUCCCAGGUAACAGUGGUAGAAUGAGAGGUAAUG